AUGUUUAAGUUCGUGGUGUUAUUAUCAGUGGCGGCUUUCGCAAACGGCCAAUCGGCGUCAGGUUUAGUAAAGAACAUUUACGACGAAUGCCUGAGCCAAUAUUCAGUGGAGUGUGUGAAACCAAGGACCCUGGAGUGGAUCUCGCAAGUCGCGAAUCACGAUGAGAUCAAAAUUACUGAUGAUCUAUCUAUUGUCAAAACCGCGAUAGCUGAAGAAGAAGAUGUCGACCCAAGGAUGGCGAAAGAUCCAACUUACGCGAUCUUCGACCAAGUUGAACGCUUUAUUGAAACUCAUUCUUUAAGAGUGAAAGUACCAGAUGAAAUCGCCCGCAGCGCCGCUUCUGAAUAUGUACCAAGAUCUCUGCUAACUGACUUACCAUCUGAACUCGAUAUGCCAUUGGAUGGUGAAGAGGAGGUCGAGACUUUUGAGGGCAGGAGGAAGAAGAUCAAGCUCCCUAAGCCUUUGAGGAUCAAAAGCAAACACGGUUUCAUCAAGAAGGUGCUCCUGCCUUUCCUCCUCGGACUUAAAUUCAAGACUGCCGUCCUAGUUCCCUUGGCCCUCGCCCUCAUCGCACUGAAGACCUGGAAAGCCUUGACCCUUGGAUUAAUUUCUUUAGUUCUAUCCGGUGCCAUGGUCAUCUUCAAGUUCACCAAGCCCAAGGUAGUGAACUACGAAGUCAUUCACUACCCCCAACACCACGUAGAACACCACGUCGACCACCACGCACCAGCUUGGGACGCACAUGGGCCCUACCAAGCACGAUCAUACGAAGACGCCCACGAAAUCGCUUACUCAGGCCAUCUAUAA